AUGAGUGGUUCUACUAAUACCGGCUUCAAAAAGGAUAGCUCUCCUUCCAAUGUCCAAAAAAGGAUUAAGAAGGAUACAUCCAAUGACUCAAUUAAAGAUGAGAUUGUUAAUGAAAAGGAACAAAAACAAAUUGAAAAUGAAGAUACUUCAAAGGAAAUAAGUCCCUUAUAUAAAUUAGAAGCCUAUCUAGCCCCAAUAUUGUUCACUGCCUUUGCCUUAUUUACGAGAAUGUAUAAAAUAGGCGCUUCAAAUAGAGUUGUUUGGGAUGAAGCCCAUUUUGGUAAAUUUGGUUCAUAUUACCUAAGACAUGAAUUUUAUCAUGAUGUUCAUCCACCAUUGGGGAAAAUGCUUGUCGGCUUAAGCGGUUAUAUAGCUGGGUACAAUGGUUCUUGGGAUUUCCCCUCUGGUGAGGAAUUUCCAGAAUAUCUUGAUUUUGUUAAAAUGAGAAUUUUUAAUGCUGCAUUUUCCUCUAUGUGUGUUCCUGUAGCCUAUUUUACUGCCAAAGCCAUUGGGUUUUCCUUACCAACUGUAUGGCUAUUCACUAUCUUGGUUUGUUUCGAAAAUUCCUACGCUACCUUGGGCAGAUUUAUUUUAUUAGAUUCCAUGCUACUAUUUUUUACUGUUUCUUCAUUUUUUUGUUUUGUUAUGUUUCACAAUCAAAGAAAGAAUGCUUUUGGUAGAAAAUGGUGGAAAUGGCUCAUUAUGACCGGUAUUUCUUUAGGUUGUGCUAUCAGCGUGAAAAUGGUUGGUUUAUUUGUCAUUACACUGGUUGGAAUUUACACUGUCUUGGAUCUAUGGACUAAAUUUGGUGAUAAGAAAAUGUCUAAGAAAGCCUAUGCAUCGCACUGGCUGGCUAGAAUUGCUUGUUUAAUCUGCAUUCCGAUGAUUGUUUUCAUGCUUUGCUUUAAAGUUCAUUUUGAUUUAUUAUCCAACAGUGGUACUGGAGAUGCCAAUAUGCCCUCUUUAUUCCAGGCCACCUUACAUGGAUCUGAUGUUGGUGUUGGUCCAAGAGAUAUUGCAGUUGGCUCCUCUAUGGUCACUGUUAAAAACCAAGCCUUGGGUGGUGCCUUGUUACAUUCUCAUAUUCAAACCUAUCCAGAAGGUUCAAAUCAACAACAGAUUACCUGUUAUGGCCACAAAGAUUCGAACAACAUAUGGUUCUUUGAUAGAAUGAGAGGGUUAGAACCUUGGAAUAACGACACUGAAACAGAAAUUGAAUAUGUUAAAAAGGAAAAUGCUUACAGAUUGGUCCACAAAAACACUGGCCGUAACAUGCAUACUCAUCAAAUUGCUGCCCCAGAAAGUAAAACUGCUUGGGAAGUUUCGGGCUACGGUGAUAAACAAGUUGGUGAUCCAAAGGACAAUUGGAUUAUUGAAAUUGUUGAGCAAGCUGGUGACGAAGACAAGCAAUAUUUACAUUUACUAACAACUUCCUUCAGAUUGAAAAAUCAAGAUUUGGGCUGUUAUUUAGCUCAAACUGGCAAAAGUUUGCCACACUGGGGUUACAGACAAAGCGAAGUUGCUUGUUUAAAGGAUCCAUUUAAAAGAGAUAAGAGAACUUGGUGGAAUAUUGAAACCCAUGAAAAUGAAAAAUUACCAACUCCAGAAGUUGGUACUUUCUCUUACCCUAAACCAGGCUUUUUAAAAAGUUUUAUUCAAUUGAACUUGGCUAUGAUGGCUACGAACAAUGCUUUGAUUCCUGAAGCGGACAAAGAUGAUCAACUAGCUUCCAGUUUCUGGGAGUGGCCAACAUUACAUGUUGGUAUUAGAAUGUGCGGAUGGGAUGAUUCUAUGGUUAAAUAUUUUAUGAUAGGUUCGCCAGCUUCCACUUGGCCAUCCACUGUUGGUGUAUUAUGCUUUAUGGUUUUGAUUGUUAUUUAUAUUUUAAGAUGGCAAAGACAGUACAACGAUUUCCGUAAUAGCCACGAAUUAAAUCUUUUUUUAAUGGGCGGUAUUUAUCCACUAUUAGGUUGGGGGUUACAUUACACUCCAUUUGCGAUUAUGGGUAGAGUUACCUAUGUUCACCAUUAUUUACCAGCUUUGUAUUUUGCAUUGAUAAUCCUAGCUUAUUGGUUUGAAUAUCUUACUAUGUACUGGCAUACUUCGAAAUGUGGCAGAAUUAUAAAAUACGUUUUAUAUUUUGGCUAUGCAGCCAUUGUUAUUGGCGGGUUCAUGUAUUUUUCUCCAAUAUCAUUUGGUAUGGAAGGUCCUUCUUCUGAUUACAAAUAUUUAAAUUGGCUCAAAUCAUGGAAAAUCGCUGAUGAUCCACAUGUAAUUGAAGAAGUUUUUGAUGAGAUUUUUGAAGAAGCUAUUGAAGAAGGUUUAGAAGAAGCUUUGUGA